CGCGCCUCGCCGGCGCACAGCGCUCGGAGCGCUCCUGCGGGUUCCGUUGCGGGGCGCUCGGCCGCGGGUGGCGCCGAACGGGGAGCCGGAGCGCCGGGGCAGCCUCUGCGUGCCGAGGACCCGGGCUGCGCAGGGAGCUGGGCCGCAGCGUCGGGACUGGACGGAGACCGUGCUUAGCGCAUUGCGGCGACCUCGCCUCUCCCGGCCGCGAGCGCGCGCCGCAGCUGGAAGGAGCCGCGGAGACCGAGGACUUUUCUCCGGUCCCAGGGGCGCACCACAGCAGUGCUGCAGUCAGUGCACUCCGGGGCCCCGGGAGGGGCGAUGGAAGCCGGGCUGCCAGAAGCGUGAGGCACCGCCGCCGCCGCCGCCUCCGCCGCCGCGUCCUGGAGAGCUGGGGGCGCAGGACCUGGGGACCCCCGGCGGCGGACCCGAGCCCUCCCGCCCGCCCCGCCUCCGGGGCACCAGCUCCGGCUCCAUUGUUCCCGCCCGGGCUGGAGGCGCCCGGCUCCGAGCGCCGCCGGGAGUCUUGGCUCGGCCCCGGAGCCCUCGCGACCCCGCCGGGACCUGAACGGAGCCCGGGAACGAGCGGCCGGGGCGCGGGACACGGACACCCGCCGCGCCACGGCGAGCUCUCCAGAGGCGGGACCGCAGCGCCGAGGGAGAGUCAGCUUGCGGAGGCAGAUCCGGCGAAGGUGGAUUAUCCAUGGGGGUGUGGAGCCUUGUCACCGACCUCUAACCGCAGAACUGGGAUGUGGGGCUGGAGGUGCCUCCUCUUCUGGGCUGUGCUGGUCACAGCCACACUCUGCACUGCCAGGCCAGCCCCGACCUUGCCGGAACAAGCCCAGCCCUGGGGAGUCCCUGUGGAAGUGGAGUCACUCCUGGUCCACCCCGGUGACCCGCUACAGCUUCGCUGUCGGCUUCGCGAUGACGUGCAGAGCAUCAACUGGCUGCGGGACGGGGUGCAGCUGGCGGAGAGCAACCGCACCCGCAUCACGGGGGAGGAGGUGGAGGUGCGGGAUUCCAUCCCCGCUGACUCUGGCCUCUACGCUUGUGUGACCAGCAGCCCCUCUGGCAGCGACACCACCUACUUCUCCGUCAAUGUCUCAGAUUCGCUCCCCUCCUCGGAGGAUGACGAUGAUGACGACGACUCCUCUUCGGAGGAGAAAGAGACAGACAACACCAAACCAAACCGUAGGCCUGUAGCUCCGUACUGGACAUCCCCAGAAAAGAUGGAAAAGAAACUGCAUGCGGUGCCGGCUGCCAAGACGGUAAAGUUCAAAUGCCCGUCCAGUGGGACACCCAACCCCACUUUGCGCUGGUUGAAAAAUGGCAAAGAAUUCAAACCUGACCACCGGAUUGGAGGCUACAAGGUCCGUUACGCUACCUGGAGCAUCAUAAUGGACUCCGUGGUGCCUUCUGACAAGGGCAACUACACGUGCAUCGUGGAGAAUGAGUAUGGCAGUAUUAACCACACCUACCAGCUUGAUGUUGUAGAGCGGUCUCCUCACCGGCCCAUCCUUCAGGCAGGGUUACCUGCCAACAAGACUGUGGCCUUGGGCAGCAACGUGGAGUUCAUGUGUAAAGUGUACAGCGACCCACAGCCUCACAUCCAGUGGCUGAAGCACAUCGAGGUGAACGGAAGUAAGAUUGGGCCAGACAACCUGCCGUACGUCCAGAUCCUGAAGCAUUCGGGGAUUAAUAGCUCGGAUGCAGAGGUGCUGACCCUGUUCAAUGUGACAGAGGCCCAGAGCGGGGAGUAUGUGUGUAAGGUUUCCAAUUAUAUCGGUGAAGCUAACCAGUCUGCGUGGCUCACUGUCACCAGACCUGUGGCAAAAGCCCUGGAAGAGAGACCGGCCGUGAUGACGUCACCGCUCUACCUGGAGAUCAUUAUCUAUUGCACCGGGGCCUUCCUGAUCUCCUGCAUGGUGGGCUCUGUCAUCAUCUACAAGAUGCGGAGCGGCACCAAGAAGAGCGACUUCCAUAGCCAGAUGGCUGUGCACAAGCUGGCCAAGAGCAUCCCUCUGCGCAGACAGGUAACAGUGUCAGCUGACUCCAGUGCAUCCAUGAACUCUGGGGUUCUCCUGGUUCGGCCUUCGAGACUGUCCUCCAGCGGGACCCCCAUGCUCGCUGGAGUCUCUGAGUAUGAACUUCCUGAAGAUCCGCGCUGGGAGCUGCCUCGAGACAGACUGGUCUUAGGCAAGCCCCUUGGAGAGGGCUGCUUUGGGCAGGUGGUGUUGGCAGAGGCCAUCGGGCUGGACAAAGACAAACCCAACCGCGUGACCAAAGUGGCUGUGAAGAUGCUGAAGUCCGACGCAACGGAGAAGGACUUGUCGGAUCUGAUCUCAGAGAUGGAGAUGAUGAAGAUGAUUGGGAAGCACAAGAAUAUCAUCAACCUGCUGGGAGCGUGCACACAGGAUGGUCCUCUUUACGUCAUCGUAGAGUACGCCUCCAAAGGCAACCUUCGGGAGUACCUGCAGGCCCGGAGGCCUCCUGGGCUGGAAUAUUGCUACAACCCCAGCCACAAUCCUGAGGAACAGCUGUCUUCCAAAGAUCUGGUGUCCUGUGCCUAUCAGGUGGCCCGGGGCAUGGAGUAUCUUGCCUCUAAGAAGUGCAUACACCGAGACCUGGCUGCUAGGAAUGUCCUGGUGACCGAGGACAAUGUAAUGAAGAUCGCAGACUUCGGCCUGGCUCGGGACAUUCACCAUAUCGACUACUAUAAGAAAACCACCAACGGCCGGCUGCCUGUGAAAUGGAUGGCACCUGAGGCAUUGUUUGACCGGAUCUACACCCACCAGAGCGAUGUGUGGUCUUUUGGGGUGCUCUUGUGGGAGAUCUUCACUCUGGGUGGCUCCCCGUACCCCGGCGUGCCCGUGGAAGAACUUUUUAAGCUGCUGAAGGAGGGUCACCGAAUGGACAAGCCCAGCAACUGCACCAAUGAGCUGUAUAUGAUGAUGCGGGACUGCUGGCAUGCGGUGCCCUCUCAGAGGCCUACUUUCAAGCAGCUGGUGGAAGACCUGGACCGCAUUGUGGCCUUGACCUCUAACCAGGAGUAUCUGGACCUGUCGAUGCCUCUGGACCAGUACUCCCCCAGCUUCCCUGACACACGGAGCUCCACCUGCUCUUCAGGGGAGGACUCUGUCUUCUCUCACGAGCCGUUACCUGAGGAACCCUGUCUGCCCCGACACCCGACCACCCAGCUUGCCAAUGGAGGACUCAAACGGCGCUGACUGCCAACCCUCUCCCAGCUUCGUCGUCACCCCCGUGUCCCUUGUCCACAGUUCCCUGCUGGACACACUGCCUUUCUCCUUUGCUGCUGGCAAGAGCCAGUGCCUAACUGAGGCCUUCCUGUGUGGCCGACCCCACCAUCACCCCCCUGGCACCCCUCUUCCUCCUCUUAGCCUGCUGUGUGUGAGAGGGGCCAAGAGGCGGGUGCUUGAUGGUAGCCACGUCCUCCUUCCCAAGUGUUGGACCAAGACCCACCCUGCUGCCUGGCACUGCCUCGAGGUCUGGGGAGUGGAAGCAAGUGGAAUGGGCGUGCACUCGGGAGCUUACAGAGUGUUCUUCUUGGCCCAUUGGCCCCGUGCGAUCUGGUGGCAGGGGCCUUGGGCCUGCUGAAGCAGUGAGCUUUCUGGUCAGGCCUUAACCGAAGGCGACCUCUGCUGCAGAUGGAUGGUACCAGUGGCUUCUUAAUUCCAAUAUUAAUUUGCUUUGCUGACCAAAUACCUGGUACCAGAAGGCAGGGAGGCCGAGAUUGGGAGCAGUGAUGCCCUUGGGCUGAGCCCUGGACUUGGGGCUCUGUACAUAGCUAUGAAGAAAACACAAAGUGUAUAAAUCUGAGUAUAUAUUUACAUGUCUUUUUAAAAGGGUCCUUACUAGAGAUUUACCCAUUGGGUGAGAUGCUCCUGGUGGCUGGGACGCAUCAGUCGCUAUAUAUUAAAAACAAAAACAAAAAAAAAAAAAAAAAAGGAAAAUGUUUUUUAAAAGGUCAUAUAUUUUUUGCUACUUUUGCUGUUUUAUUUUUUUAAAUUAUGUUUUAAACCUAUUUUCAGUUUAGGUCCCUCAAUAAAAAAAUUGCUGCUGCUUCA